GGAAGAAUACAACUGCACGGCUUUAUUGUGUGCGUUGGCGUCGUGGACCAAUUAGCCAAAUGCUGCGUUUCGGUCCGAGGUCCGGUGCACGACAACCCCUUGGCGUGCGCCUUUCUUCUGUCUGCUCUCGAGUUCCUCGCCGCUCUUGCAGACCAUUGCUCGGAAGAAGGAGACUCCACGCACCUGAUUACCACUCUGUACGGAACCGAGCUAAUGGGGGCGGUUUCUAUGCUUUACGGCACACUGUUACCACCGGAGUCAGCGCCCCGCACGGAAGGCCAACCGCCCCCAAUAAUACCGGCCCUUUGUCUUAAUCUGGCGACCGCAACUUUCAAGCUGCUAAGGAGGGUCGCCGAAUUGGAUUUUAAAAAAUUUCAGGGAGUUCUCGGCGCCGAGGGAAUUUCCUUACAAUUUCGGCACAUCGCUAGUCACCUUAUUUGGUCCUGCACCUCGCCGACGCUACCGAAACCGUCCAACGGAAGUAAGGAUAACACGAAAUUACUGUUGGAGGCGCACCAGCAACUGCUGCACGAGGUUAUUUACGUUACCGGAUACUUUGCGGUCGGCGACCAAGAUAAUCAGAUGUUGCUCGUGAGUGGACAACCGCCUUCCGUCCUUCAGCAGCUCUGCUCCCUUCCAUUCGCCUACUUUUCCGUGGAAGCCCUUUCGAGGAUUCUCUAUCCUACGUUGCUGGCGUGCUGCGUGGGUAACGAACAUACAACUUCGAUUUUAAAGCAAGAACUUUCGUAUGAGUUACUGGAAGAGUUUCGCAAAUCGGAUUUCGGCCGCAAUCAGCGACUGGUAAAAUUAUUGGCCAACAAGUAACCUUUCCAGUAUUAUAAUCGUCGCUUUAAUAUAUAUACCUAUACUUGUAUCUAAUUUAGUGAUAAACUAACGUGAUGUUUUUAGAAUCUUUAAAAGAAAACUAUUUUAUAUACAUACACAUCCUUUUUACGUAGCCUAAUUGAUGCUUACCAAAAAUUAUUUUAACAUUCAAUUUUUCCGUUAAGAUUUUUAUGCUAAUAUGUGUAUGGUGGGAAUAAUAAGCUAAUAGUAGUCGAUUUAUUCCAGCGUUUCGGAAUCCCGAUUGGUAACGUUUGUUUAAAAUAUUCAAAAUCUCGUACUUAAAAAUCUGCUGAUCUCAUAAAAUCACUGGGAUAAAUCGAAGCAUGUGUGAAAUGUUGUGAUUACUUUAAUUAUUUUGUGAUUUUGUAGAAAAAAAUAUGUUGACACGAAAAUUGUAUUUUUUCUAUUAAUUAAAAAUAUUACAGCAA